AUGUCAUAUACACUUCACAAGGUGAAGCAAUGCCAUGCUACUAUCCGCCGUUACCGGAUCACUACAAGAAGUAGAAAAUGGGUAAUCACAGGUUUGAAGAGUGUGCAGAUGGUUUUGAAGACACAAAAGAUCAAGCUGGCUAGGAAGAGCUUUAACAUAGUUUUGAGCUUUAACCCGGAAAAUGUCGAGCGUGGUGCGACCGGAGAUCCAAAAUCGUCGGCUGCCAGAAUAGUAUAUGGACGUGUUGACGGAGAUGGUGAGGGUGUGAUGCUUGAUUUCGGUGGAUUUGGGGGAAAGAGUCGGUGGUGGGUGUGGAUUUGGGGGAAGGAGUCGGUGGUGGGAGCGUGUUUGGGGGAAGGAGAAAGUGUUGUACAAAAAUUCUUGCCUUGUAGUUUCCAACCGUCUCUUCCUCACGCUCCACUGACUGCCGACAGGGUGAUGGAAGGCAAAAUGAAGACUAAUGCCAUUACUAGCAAAGGAUUAUUGCGGACUGCUGAAUUGUACCAAUAUGUACUAGAAACUAGUGUGUAUCCACGUGAACCAGAGCCUCUCAGAGAGCUAAGGGCUGUUACUUCACGUCAUCCGCGGGCAAUGAUGGCCACAGCUCCUGAUGCAGGUCAACAUAUGAGCUUGCUUUUAAAGCUAGUUAAUGCAAAGAGGACUAUCGAAAUUGGAGUUUUUACGGGAUAUUCUCUGCUUCUAACUGCCCUUACUAUUCCCGAUGAUGGAAAUAUUACAGCCAUAGACCUUGACCGGAGUUCGUAUGAGAUGGGAUUGCCAAUUAUUAAAAAAGCUGGGGUCGAACACAAAAUCAAUUAUAUCGAGUCUGAGGCUCUUCCAGCUCUUGAUAAACUGUUGGAAAAUCCUGCAAAUCAAGGAAGUUUCGACUUUGCUUAUGUUGAUGCUGACAAAAUCAAUUAUGCGAAUUACCAUGAUAGAGUGUUGAAACUUUUGAGGCCUGGUGGGAUAAUUGUCUAUGAUAACACCCUUUGGGGAGGAACAGUAGCAAUGCCCGACGACGCUGUUCCAGAAUCGUAUUCUGCAUCGAGGAAUGUGAUCAUCAAGUUCAACAAAUUGCUGGCAGCUGAUGCUCGGGUGCAAAUUUCUCAAGUUCCUCUUGGUGAUGGGAUUACCAUAUGCUGGCGGCUGUGA